AUGUGCUGUGGGAGCGCCAGCUGGAAGCGCGAAGAGGUACCCGAUCACAAGUUUGACUUUAUCGACGUUCGUGACUUUCGCAACAAUGGAUGCUUUCAACAAUUCAAGUACGUCUUUCUCUUCAUCAUGGUGGUCAAGUCGUUCGCAGUGUACGUUGCCGACAUCUACACCGCCGUCACGCUGUUAGCCUUCGGUCAUUUCAGCGGCAGUCUCUACGACAAGGUGCAAAAUGAUCCGCAGAACAACUUCCGCGUUCCCAUCUCGUACGGUCGUUGGAUCUUUAGCGGAUGCAUCAUCUUUUCCUUCCUCUUGCUCGCCUACGAGGCACACAAGUCGCGCGCCAUCGUCAAGAGCCGCGACAUCAGCUACGCCUACACCAACGUCAUGGCCAACAACUACUACUCUCUGCGCAGCUACGAUCACUUUUGCUUCUUCGACCACAUCAAUGACAGCAAAAAGAAGAAGGACGAGCUGGCUUUCUUCAUUUUCUUCACCUUCAAGGGCUGGAAGCGUUUGCUCGUCGCCGAUGGUCCGCGUCAGGUCAUCAACUUUUUCACACUCUACGGUCUCGGUUCGUUCGCCAACUGGAGCACGAACCCGUACGACUACUAUGAGGGCAACAUCUUUACAGGCAUCAUGAUCCUCUCGAUGCUUUUCACCGUCGCUGUGUUUGCCGGUUCGAUCAUCCUGCUUAUGCUGGCUGGUAUCGCCUACAUCCCGCUUCUCUGCUACAUCAAGGGCAACCUCAAGGAGUACUGCUGCCACAAGGUGGACAAGCGUGUCACGGAACUCGUUCAUCUCAAGAAAAAGCAGCGUCUCGCCAAGGUUGCCGAGAUCGCUCGCAAGGAGGCUGCGGGCGACUUUUCGCAUCUCAUGAACAAGAAAGGUCAGAUGGUCGGACAGGCGAUGGCACAGCCUACUUUGCCGACGGUCGACAUCGAUCUGCUUAACGACGAGAAGCCCGUCAAGUCUGCAGCCUUGCAACGUACCAACAGCGUCGGAAGCUCCAUACAGGGCAACGGCGCAGGCUAUUACGGCCAGCCAGGUGUGCCAGGAUAUCAAUCGCCAGGUGUUGGGCCGUCGCACUUCUACGGCGUCAACGCUCCCUCGUCCCACAGCCUCGGCUACGACAAGCCCGAGUACGCCAGCACGGCCAAUCUGGUCUCGAAUGCUGGCCCGGCGGGCAACGACUUUGCGCCGGGCAUGUCGCACUCGGCCUUUGAUGCAAUGGCGGACCGCAUGGGUCCUAUCGGCACCAGUCCGAUGCUGUUUGCUCAGCGCGUCGGUGGUGGUCCGGGCAGAGUCUCGCCCGCACCGCCUUCUUCGCAGCCUCACAUGGAUCCCUAUAGCAGCAACAACCCCGCGUCGGGUCAUCGAGCACUGCUGGAUGCCAGCAACGGGGGCAUGUCUCAGGAACAUGGCGCAAGUGCGGAUGCCUUUGACCUGUACGGCAGACAGAGUCCUCGCAUGGAUGCAUCUGGCACGCAUAAGGACACGCCGUACGGAUCGCAAGGGCUGGACUACCCACCACCGCAGAACACGCACGGCGUCGACGGACUCGACUACCCGCCACCACCAGCGCCUGACAUUUCGACAUAUGCACCAUACAACGGACAGGGUGGAUACGAUCGUGCUACACCUGCUGUUGAGGUAUCUGCUGCCCCCGCGAGCACAGUACACCAAGGCAGCAACGGCCAUCUCGCCGUCGGAUACGGCACGGAUGGCUUUGGCGGGGAGCUGCACCCGGGCCGGUACAGCAACAGCAAUGGAGCGAGAUCGGGCGCCAACUCGUCGUCGCAUAGUCCGAGCACCAGCGUCGGUGGUCUGGACGAUGUCUAUGAUGCCUACUACCACUCGCACGAGCCUUCGCCGGACAUCACGGCCGAGCAACGGCAUAGCUACAUGAUGAGUGACUAUCCCACCCACGCAGGCGGUGAUGCGUACCAGUUGCAACAGCAUCAUCAUCAGCAGUAUCAAGUCGACGGCCACAGUGGCGGUGGCUACGAUCAGUACCACGGCUCUCAGCAUGGGUAUGCGGACCAAUGGUCGCAUCCGAACCAACCGGAAUUCCAGCAUGCAGAGCAGUACAGGCAUACUGAUCCUUAUCGACAACAAUCGUCUCAUCAGGGCUAUUGA